AAGGUUGGAUAGAACGCGAGGGUGAAAGGGGUAGCGGAGAGAAACCCCUCUAAUAAAAUCAGGAGGAAGCCAGUAAAGAUACAGUGUUUCAUAAGGAAACAGUCGAGAUCCAAUGUCCGUGAAAGGUGCUUUAAUUGCACGGUGCACAUGUGAAAGUAUAUAAUUUUUAUUUUUUAACGAAAAAUGUAAAAUUAAAUCUGCUUUUUACGUGUAUAUCGAUUGUGAAAUAUUGUUUUUAUGUACGAGUUCUCACGAGAUCAUUAUUAAUAAUCAUCCUUGGAUAUCUUUUCUCAGACUGUAAUGCGCGGAUUUUUACGUGGUACAUUAUACUGUGCUCUAUGGUAUGGUAGUAUAGCAGCAGGCUUUUUAUUCAUCGCCUGUCCGCUCUUCCCACUGUUGUUGCUCAGUCCACCGAUAUUUCGGAAAUGCGGAGACUUGCUGUUCGCGUGCUGGGAACUUUAUCCUGCCGCUCUGUUAAAAUUCUUCGGUGUAAAGAUCUAUGUGUCUGGUGAUCACAUAUCUCCUCAUGAAUCAGCCGUGCUCGUGAUGAACCACCGCACGAGGGUGGACUGGAACUUCCUAUGGGCGGCGAUGUAUCAAGCGUGUAUGCCCAGCGUCGGAUGUCAUAAAUUGAAAUUUAUUUUAAAGGAUCCUAUACGACACAUUCCUGGUCCAGGAUGGAUAAUGCAAAUGAAUGGUUUCCUUUACAUAACGCGACGUUGGGAGGAGGAUCGGGGCCGAUUGUCGCGUACGCUCGAUUACCUGGUUGCGUUAGAUAGCCGCACGCAGCUGCUGAUAUUCCCCGAGGGUACCGAUCUGACUGAGAGCAGCAGAGAGAAAUCGGACAAGUAUGCCUUGCAGCAUCAUCUGCCGCGUUACACCUACACCCUCCACCCAAAAACAACCGGCUUCGCCUACUUGACCCAGCACCUUCAACGCGCGAGAUUCCUCGACGCCGUGUACGACAUGACGAUAGCGUAUCCAGAUUACAUACCGCAGUCCGAGGUCGAUCUGAUCAUGGGUAGAUUUCCGAGGGAGGUGCAUUUCCACAUAAGACGGAUAUCGUCCGCGGACAUACCGGCGCACGACGACUCGACCUUGAGGAAGUGGCUGGAGGACAGAUGGUCUGAUAAGGAGGCAAUGUUGAAGGGAUUCUAUGAACGGAAGGCGUUCCCCACUCAGAUCUGGCCGAAGGCGAAAACGUUGCCGUUGCAAGUCGCGUUCGGGUUUUGGAGUAUAUUAACAGGGAUGAUGGUGCUUCUACUUAUCGUCUCUCCGAUCUUCCAACUAUGGACCUUGAUUCAGGCGUUGUUUUUUAUCGGACUAUCACUUUUCGAUAUAUGCUUCAAUCAAAUUGAGAUCGGAUGGUAUUGGCGCUGGAAAAACUAUUCCUCUUGAGCUAUAAAUAUAGUUAAUCAAGAAUAUAUUUUUUCGUUUUGAACGUAUUAUUAGAAAAUUGUGUAUUAAUAGAAAAAGCUCUUUGUCUCUGUGAUAAUACUGUACAUAAAAUCAUAAUGUUAAAAGAGCAAAUGUAAUUUCAAGAAUCUUGUGCAAUAUCGCAAUUUUAAUAUGAUUGUACUUAGUGAUGGGUAUCCUUCUCUUGAAGAUUUUUAAACAGUUCGAUUGUGCAAAGAGAUCUAUUGCUCCUAUAUAUUUUUCAAUUAAAUAUAACUUGAAAUUGGAAAAAUUCUUAAAAAUCUUGAAAAUUUUUAAGAGCCCUUUAAAUGUUUGACACAUUUAGAUAUUUUUUCUUAAAAAAUAUUUAAAAUAUUUUUAAUAUUUGUAAAAAAAAUUAAUAUCUGAAAUAUUUUUCUUUAAAAACAUUUAAAAUUUACAAAAACAAAAUUGUCUAAAUUAUAGAUGCCUAAAAUUGCUUUCUCUGUUAAAACAGAAAGUGGAUUAAAAUAAUGUUACAAUAUUGUGAAAGAAGAUAUAUUUUCAAAAUACACAAAACUUUACAGAUUUUUAUAUUGUAUAUUCGAAAUUUUCGCAAUAUCUAAGAUUUUCAAGACUUUUAGAAAUCUGUUAGCUUCAAAUAAUAUUCGAAAUAAUUUGACAAUUACAUAAUGCAAUUCGAUGUAUCUAAAGUCCUAAAUCACUAGUUGCAUAUAAUCGUUUUAAUGUCUUAAUGUCGCAGUGUUUUAAAAACAUGAUAACAUGUAAGAGAUAAGAGUAAAUAUAGUUCUCAGAUAAUAGAAAUAUAUUGUCUCGCUAAAUUGAAAAAUAUUUGCAAUAUUUUCAAUUUGUGAUAUUUCUGUUAUUGAUUUUAAUUUGCGGGAAUUAAAUUGAAUCAUUAUCAAGAAUUAUGUAUUUCGACACUCAUCUUUUACCGCAUUAUAAUUACAUAUUUAUCAUACUCUAUUUUUAAGACGUGAGAUUUACAUUUCUAAUCAUAUGUGUAUAUAACUACACACACAUACACACACAAAUAUUACUUUGUGUUAAAGUAAAAAUACAUUUUUAACAAGAAUAUAUUUCCAAAUGUCUAUAUUUGUAAAAUAUAUAUUAUAUAAAUUUUUCAGAGUUAUAUUAACAAAAUUUUGAACAAAAUAUUCAUUUUUAUUACAAUGACUUUCUAAUAAAAGUUGAUACAAAUGAAUUGAGUGUUAAGAUACACACAUACACAAGAUGGUCCAUUUACCUUUAGUAUUUAAAAUGUUUUUAUUCUUUUUUAAGAAUAAAAAAAUGUUUGAGAAAUUAUUCUCGAACUCUUUGAGUGUUCGAAAGUAUAUAUAUUAAAAUAUUAGUAUCUAACAUCAAAUAUGUAAUUUUCUAUAUUUCGACAUCUUUUACUUCAUACUAGUUUUUUAAAAGUGUUGUAACAAAUGAAUUUGAUCUGAAGACUAUAGAUAAGAUGACUUUUAAAUGAGUACGAAAGUUCGCAUUUAUUAAUUUCAGCACUUUUCAGAGCUAAAAACUCUAUUUCAUCAAAGGUUUAAAUGAGAAAUAUCUCACAUAGUAAUAUAAUCUGUGUAUGAUUCAAUCUAUUCAAUCUAUGUGUUUGAAAGAAUACUUAUAUUGCAUGUAAUUUGUAAUUUAUUAUAUGAAAAUAUUUAUUUUUUCUAGUAUUCUCGAUAGAUUAACUUAUGCAAUUUUGAGCAUAACUAAAAGUGAAUUCACGUGCCAAAGAGAUAUACAUAAGCAGUCAAAAUAGUUUUAUAAGAGUUGGUUUAUCCAAUAAAUAUAGUUCUAGAAGAUCUGUAUACGUAAUCUGUGUACAUGUAAUAAAACACAUUAGAGGAAUACUUUCUUCAUAUAAUAUAAUUGUAAUGUACCUGGAAUAUCAUAUACUCGAUGUAAGUGAAAAUUGUCUUAUAUAGUUCUAAUAAAAAAAUAACUAGAAUUAUAAAUUGAUUAUAAUAAUCUGUAUUAAUUGUAUGUGUCUUAUAGAUUGGCAAAUUAAAAAAAUUAAUAAUAUUAAUGUAUUGAAAUUUUUCUGUGCAAAUAGAUGUUUAUUAGAUUAUCGUAUAAUAAAGAAAUGCGUGUAAUGUC